AUGGGAGGGUAUGCAAUGGGAGGUUAUACACUCCCAUCUCAAGAUUAUGUUGCAAAUACUGGUGAAACCCUCUACUCUCAAGAGACACAUUUAGAGGAGGAAGACGAAGACGAAGACGAAGAUCAUGCUGCGAAUGAUAACAUAAAUAAUGAUGAUAUGGAUCAGUACGAAGAGAGGAUUGAGCAAGAUGAUGAUGAUAUUGGUGUCCAGCAUGAUACAGAUACGACCAUUGGCUACAGAGCUCCUGCGGACUCAUUCUACGCAAAUACUUGGGAAGAUAUGGUUGAUCCUUCACUUCUUCAGAUACCAUUUCUUUCUGCGGUGAAGCGUGCAUUGAUAAUAUACGCAGCAAAGGAUAAUAGAAAUUUCUCCAUCCAAAGGUCGAGUACAACUCAAUUGUGCGCCGCAUGCAUUGACGACAACUGCAAGUGGUACGUUGGGGCAUACAUGAAGUCUAAAUUGAAUGGUCUGUGGAUGGUCACGUCUUAUGUGGGUCCACACAGUUGUAUACCCUUUGGGCUGCGAAGAGACGGUAGAAUGAUGGAUUCUAAUUUUGUUGCAUCAGAAAUUGUGGGAAGAUUGCGAAAAAAGCACACUGCUACUAUUGAUGAGCUUUGGGAGAUCAUACGUACUAAGUAUGAUCAUGAGCUUUCUUACUAUAAAGUAUGGGACGCAAAACAAAAGGCAAUUGCUAAGAUUUUUGGGGAUUGGGAGGAGUCUUACCAAAGGUUGCGAAAGUUAUUGUUGGCAUACUUGGAUCAGGAUUCGGGUACCCAGUAUAGCUAUCACACCAUACCUAAGCCAUUAGAAGGUACUACGUUACUGCGCUAUGUAUAUUGGGCAUUCGCUCCAUGCAUUGCUGCAUUCCAGUAUUGCAGGCCAAUGAUCAGUAUUGAUGGAACUCAUUUAUAUGGUAAAUACAAAGGGGUAUUGAUGAUUGCAAUGACAACGGAUGCUAAUCAAAAGGUUUUGCCUAUCGCCUUUGCUGUUGUGGAUAAGGAGUCAGGGGCUAGUUGGGGGUGGUUUUUAGAGUGUCUCAGGACUUCGAUAGAGCGUGUUAUUGAAAACAAGGACAUUUGCAUUAUUUCUGACCGACAUAAAGGUAUCAAAUGCGCCAUUCGAGAGUGGCCUAGAGGGCAAGACGGAAGAGAACGGGUAUAUCAUCGAUAUUGCCUUCGACAUGUUGCUAGCAACUUCAACACACACUUUGAUAACCCGACUCUAAAGGCAUUGGCCUUGAAAGCUGGAUAUGCGACUCAUGAUGCUAAAUUUGUGUCCAUAAUGCAAACCAUUAAGGAGGCCGAGAUUAAUUUAUUGAGGGGUGUAGACCCUACUGAUCGCCGGAUUAUACGUUAUAUGCCAUACACAUAUCUAAUGAGUGAGGAUGUAGACAAAUGGACCCAGUCACAUGAUGGUGGAAGACGUUAUGGGGCAAUGACAACCAAUAUCUCUGAGUGCUUUAAUGGGGUUCUUAAAGGUGCCCGCGGUUUGCCCAUUGCUGCAAUGGUUGAGUUCACUUUUUUUAAACUUGUUGCAUAUUUCCACGAUCGACAUAAACAAAUUACUUCUGAUCUCUCUCGAGGUAAGGUGUGGAGUGAUUAUGCAAUGGAGAUCUAUAACAAAAAUGAGCAGAAAAUUGCAGGACACACUCUGAGGAAUUAUAAUCAUGCAGAGGGUAUAUAUCAAGUGGUUACCCAGUAUAACGACCAUAGAGCUGGAGGGGGAAAUCACAGUCAUGAUGUGCGCAUAUUUGAUAGAACAUGUGGUUGUGGAAAGUGGCAAAACUUGAAGAUCCCUUGUUCACAUGCAAUUAAAGUUCUUAAAGGUCUGCAUCUCGAUGCGCCCAGCUAUAUUGACCCAUGUUACAGUCUGAACAACGCCAUUCUCACAUAUUCACAUAAUUUUGUGGUGCCAAAGUCAGAGUCAUUAUGGACAGACGUUCGCGGACCACGGUGGGUGCCUGACCCACAAUUGUUGCGGGCCAAAGGUCGUCCUACGAUGUCAAGAAUAAGGAAUGAAAUGGAUGGGGUACGGCGAGAACGGGGAAGCCGGAGGGAAGAUCUGGAGUUGAGGGAGAUUCAACCAAGGCAACGAUGUAGAGUGUGUCAUCAAGAGGGGCAUAACCGUAGAUGCUGUCCCAAUUCCCAUAGGGCUUCGACAAGUGGUAGUGCUAUGAACUAGGCAAGCGGAGACUUGAUUUUCAUAAGUGACAUUGUACGUGGGACUUGUCAUGAUCUUCUGUAUGGACAAGCUAGGUGAUUAUGUAGAGUAUGUUGUAUCAGUAUGGACAAGUGUUAGGUGAAUAUGUAUAAUAUGUUAUAUCAGUAUGGAGCUUCCGCUAGGCGAAUAUGUAGACUAUGUUGUAUUAACUUAGUUGUUAUUUUGUUUAUUGUUGUAAA